UGUUAUUUCCUGGUUGGAGGGGCCGCCAUUUUGGGCUGUGACAGACUUGGCUCUCGUCUUGUAUCUUCGUUGUCACCUAGAUAUCUUUUUAAUUAUUAUUUCGACGGUUAGAUCAAGAGGCUGUUUGAAUAUACGCUGAACAAAAAAAUCAGGUGUUGAAAGUGAGAUGUCAACCAUGAAUCCCGAAUAUGACUAUUUAUUCAAGCUGCUGCUGAUUGGAGACUCUGGUGUUGGAAAAUCUUGCCUCCUCCUCAGAUUUGCAGAUGAUACAUACACAGAAAGUUAUAUCAGUACAAUUGGUGUGGACUUUAAAAUCAGAACAAUAGAGUUAGACGGCAAGACCAUCAAACUUCAAAUUUGGGACACAGCUGGUCAGGAGCGGUUUCGAACAAUCACAUCCAGUUACUACAGAGGGGCACAUGGCAUCAUAGUUGUGUAUGAUGUUACAGACCAGGAGUCUUUUAACAAUGUAAAACAAUGGCUUCAGGAAAUAGAUCGUUAUGCCAGUGAAAAUGUUAACAAGUUAUUGGUAGGAAACAAAUGCGAUCUGACAACAAAGAAGGUGGUGGAUUAUACAACAGCAAAGGAAUUUGCAGACUCCCUUGGGAUCCCAUUUUUGGAAACCAGCGCAAAGAAUGCAACAAAUGUAGAACAAGCCUUCAUGACGAUGGCUGCUGAGAUUAAAAAACGAAUGGGGCCUGGAGCUACAUCUGGUGGUUCUGAAAAGUCAAACGUAAAUAUCCAAAGCACACCAGUCAAGUCGUCUAGCGGGGGUUGCUGCUAAGAAUUUUCACAAUCUCCAAAUUUGAUGUAAAAGGCCCAAAAGUAAGAAAUGUUGCCUGAAUUGUACUGUAUGUAGCCACACUACUGCAGACUUGCUCCCUUUCCUCUUCCCUGCUCCCUCUCAAGACACACAAUCAGGCACUGAGAAGCCAGUAUUGGCUGGAAUUUCCAACUCAAGUCUAACUUCAUUUUCAGAACUGUUUUAAACUUUAAAGUGUGCAGGUCAUUAAUAAAUAAUGUGCAUAAAUCUCAUGUUAGCAGAUUUUCAUGCAGUUGGUUUAUAUUAUAAAAAAUGAUUUUGUUUAUAAUGGCAUGUUUUAAAUGUCAGCAUUGGAUGGAUCUCUGAAGAUGAAGUUUAGCCAUUGCUCAUCAAGCAGCACAGUGUUUUUGUCUUAUUGCCAUCAAUAAAAUUUAGUAAUGUUAUGUCA